AUGAUCGAAAACCAGCACGCAGUUGUCCAGGCGCUUCUCGGGACGUUCGUCACAUGGGCGUUCACUGCACUCGGUUCGGCCAUGGUCUUUGUCUUGGACGUCCAGGACAAACGCACGAGUCAGAAGAUCUUGGACGGCAUGCUGGGCUUUGCCACGGGCGUAAUGCUCGCGGCUUCUUAUUGGUCAUUAUUAGCCCCAGCUAUUGACAUUGCCACUCAGGACGACGAACGCUACGGCCCAGACGGUCGAUACGCCUUCGUGCCUGCUGCAGUGGGCUUCACACUCGGAGCACUCACGCUCUUUGGCACAGAAAAAGUGCUGCCCGUGCUGGAAAAGUACGUGAGCGUGGACGAGCUUGCUACUGCUCGGACUGCUGCUACAAUACCCAGAAAAGCUCUCGAGAAGAGGAAGAAGGAUGAUGACUAUAGCUACAAUGAUGAUGAUGGAGGUGACUUUGACUGCAAUGUCGAGGCCGACACGACCAAUUGCAGUCGCAACAGCAGCAGCAGCAGCUUUCGGAGGGUCAUCAUGCUUGUGGUUGCUAUUACGCUGCACAAUUUGCCGGAAGGAAUGGCAGUGGGUGUGGGCUUUGGCAGUAUUGGCCACAGUGCACGUGCCACUUUUGCCAAUGCUCGGAAUCUAGCGAUUGGUAUUGGGCUGCAGAACUUUCCGGAAGGACUUGCAGUGUCAAUGCCGUUGAGGAGAGAGGGCGCGUCGGCGUUUCGAGCGUUCAUGUGGGGACAAGCGAGUGGACUCGUGGAACCUAUCGGAGGCCUGAUUGGUGCAGGUGCAGUAUUGUACGUGCAGCCGAUCUUGCCGUAUGCAUUGUCAUUUGCUGCGGGAGCGAUGAUUUUUGUCGUUGUGGACGAUCUCGUACCCGAGACGACGCAGAGUGGCAACCAGAAGCUGGCGACGUUGGGCACGAUCGUCGGUUUUGUUGUCAUGAUGGUCAUGGACGUUGCACUCGGGUAG